AUCCUCAACAACCACAAACUUCUACUCUGCUCUGACCUACCCUAUCGCUUUACCUGUAGCACUCGACCCUCUGCGGCAUGCCUGGGAGGCUGCUGUCCGACUCGGUUACUUCACUCGCCAUGACUUCCUCGACCUCAACAGCCGGUGUCACAACCGUCGCCGCAUCCGCUCCCGUAGUCAUCCCUUCCUCACCAUCACCCACCCCAGGCCUACCUACUACGGCAAUAACAACAACCGCUACACAACCACCACCACCUCCCACUCUGUCCUCACCCACUCUGGAGCUCGCAGCUGCCCUUGCUAUUGAUGCCCAGCCGAAUACUGACAGUUUAGAGACUUCAACCUCAAACAUGUCGGUCCAAGAUCAUGACAGGGACGCUACUGUGGAUUCAAUCUCGCAGAGAGUUUCACUGACGUUACAAGAACAUGCCCAACAUGCACAACAAUCGAUUAAACAGCAGCAGGAUUUGGAGCAAUUACAACAGGUGGCUCAGCAACAGCAACAGUCCCAAAAUCAGCUUUCUUCCUCCUUACCGCCACCACCGCCUCAGGAGCAGCAGCAACAGCAACAGCAGCAGAUCCAGCAGCAGCAGGAGGCAUCACCGGCUCCUAGUGGUGGUCAAGUUUGCAGGUAAGGUUUUGUCAUUUAUUUGUAUAUUUGCUUUUGUUUCUUUAUUUCUAGGUUUGAUUUUUUCACCCUUCCUCUUUUUACUCUCCCCUAUUUUUCUUCUAUUCUACCGGGUCCGGGAUUGUGCUCAUAUCUUCCUGGAUGGGAAUGCAAACAGCAAUUGCCGCACUACACGUACGCCUCUUUGGCGCCGUGCACCGGACGGCCAAACUAUUUGCAACGCCUGCGGGCUGUAUUUGAAGGCGAGAAAUCAAUCACGCCCUACAAAUCUAAAAAGACCCCCUCACGGCUCUACUAUAGGCUCUCUUCAGUCUUCACUGGGAGCCACCUAUGUUGCUGCCGACCAGGUCGCUUCGGGAACCUGUCCGGGUGGGGGUAAAUGCAAUGGGACUGGAGGAGCGCAGGAAUGCAAUGGGUGCCCUGCUUUCAACAAUAGAGUCAGCAAAGCAGCACAGUUCACUAUGGCAACCUCGGCGAAUGGAAAUGGGAUUCCCAUGGACCCAGCGCUGACCAGCCAAGACGUUACUCCACUGUGUCCUUCUGCUCCGGUGCAACAGACUCAGCAGCAGCAGCAGCAAUCCCAACGACAGCAACCUCAACAGGCUCAGCAAUCGCAACGGGCCCCGCAAUCUCAACGACCAACUCAAAUCCGUCAGCCAUACACGCAGGCUACGGUUGUUAGGACAGGUUCCCCCACGAAUACUACGGUUGUCGUGGCAUGCCAGAAUUGCGGGACAACCAUCACACCGUUAUGGCGCAGGGAUGAGAGUGGUCAUACAAUUUGCAAUGCGUGCGGUGAGUUAUAAUUAUUUCAGCUCAGCCAAUCCUCCCGUGUGGUUUUCUUAUCAGAUCGUACGAUGCGAAUUGCGAGAGGCGUUUAAUAUUCACGAUUAGCCGAAGGCAGUAAAGUGGUCUUCCUGUUCAUGUCGUGUCACCCCUAACCCUUGAUCUGAUUUGAUUUCGAUUGAUAAUCACAUCACUCUGCACCGUAAUCGGGUUAAUCAGAUAUGCUUUUCCGAGGCAUUUUUAUCUUAUUUUAAACCCCCCUGUGCUUUUGUAUUUCUGUUAUACUUGAUUAGUGCGACCUUUCCUUUUUUUUUUUUCGCUUCUCGUAUUUAUUGCUUUUUCCUUUUCGGUUUCCGUUGGUGGGACGGAAAGCUAAUGAUUGAACGAUUGCUGAUUUCUGCGAUGAAGGUCUCUACCAUAAGCUCCAUGGCGUACAUAGGCCGGAGGCCAUGAAAAAGAGUGUCAUUAAACGGCGAAAACGAGUCGUUGCUCCGUCAAAUGGAAACCACAAUACUAGUCCGGCCCCCCCUCCUGCAGCUACCUCAGGAAAUGAAUUUCACCAACAACUGUCGGCGCAAACCCCGACACCUGCCGGCAGGACAGACUCAUUCUCGGUAGUCCAGCAGCAGGGACAGCAUGGUCCACAGACGACUAAUGUAUCGGACGAUGACACGGUGAUGACUGACGCAAAUGAGAAUUCUUUGAGGCAGUUGCAACAUCCCGACCCUGAGCAAAGACAAUACCCCCCACUCGUGGAUUUUACAGGGGCAUUCCGUAAAUCCAAAACCGAUAAUAAUAACCCAGUGUCUACCGCUGAAGUGGAUCCGAAUCAGACAUCCAUUCCCUCUCGUCUAUCCGGCUCCUCUACCGCUCUCUCCCAGUUAUCCGCUGAUACCCCUUCACAACCACGCAAACGUUCUCUAUCAGUUGCGGAAGCUGACGGUGAUAAUCAACGUACUCAUUCUAUCAAUUCGAUAUUAAACCCUCACGGUCAAAUGAGCAACGUACCCAUCGAACCUAGCCUCCUCGCUCUCGGCGUAAACGACAACGAAACACUUCUCACUGCCGAGCAAAAGAGGCAGUUGCUCCUCCAACGCAAGAACUAUCUCGAGCGCGAGACCAAGCGUAUUAAGGCAGAGAUGGAAGAAUGCGACAAGGAAUUGGAGAAGUUGGCAACUACAGCGUCUGCCAACACAGUGGCUGACGAGAUUGUGAUCAUGGCGAACGGGAUUUCCACCCCCAACGGAUUCUAGAGGUAUCCGUUCUUAGGAUUCGAUGUUUAUAUCUAGUUCGCUUCUUCCGCACCUUCCUUGUUGCCUUCGCGAACGCUUGGGUGGGGGAGUAUCGAAACCAUAAAUUAAAUGGUUGGGAUUCAGACAGACCCAAUAGCCUUGGAAGCUUUGGGUCUUUGGCAUGUUUUGGCUUUUUCAUCAUUUUCCAUCAAUGAUUCCUUUCGGGUUCUGGUGUGCUCAUUGUUUUUUUUUACUUUUGAUUUCGUAACUAGUUCUUGCUGGCGCGUGUUCCUGUAUCCCAUACACUCACUUUGCCUCACACAUACCCGCCCUCCCGCGUCUCCUUGCCCACUCUUUAUCUUUUUAGUGCCCUGAUGGGAAGCUCCUCUUCUACUCUUUCUCCUUCGCUCUCCUUCGCUCUCUUUCCGUAUUCUCAUCCCGAAUGCAACGUUGUGCGUGCGAGAAUCUGGUCAGCCGGUGAGGCGUUCAGUUUAGUUCAGUUAGGUUUAGUCUUUUCUCGAGUAUAUAGCUCACUCCAUUCCUCUCACUUCAUCUUUCUAUCCCUGGAGCAUAUGUGACCACAGGGAAUUGUUUUACUGUACUUUAUCUUUUUCUUGCUUCAUGCAUCAUUUCCUGUUGUUCUUGCUUUCCUAUUCUGUCUUUGUGAAUCCCUAGCUAGGGGAGGGGGGGGGAUUGUACUUUACAGCUUUCGUUGAUAAUGAACGGUGUUUGCUAGUCAUGGUGCGUCACUCGGGAGUAGUCCGUUUUGCCUUUUAGAAUCUACGACUCUCGUGGCCGCGUCGUUUAGCCGGUGAGAGGGGUGCAAAUGGGGUGACGAAUUAGACAGGGAAAUGCGGGGAGGUGAAGGUAGGGGUUGGAGUCUUGUUUGAACUGUGAAUUAGGAAUAAAGGAUAGAACUCCCGGCACGGCAUGAUACCGUGUUUCGAGGGG